AGUUCGAAAAUAGAGGUUAAGUUAUUUUUUCUCAUUUUUCUGUGAUAUUUUUCCGAAAUUUGCAUUUCCUAAAUUUUAACAUAAAUUUAGUAAUGUUGAAGUUCUAUUUAUCAUUAUGGUGAAAACAAGUAUAAACGCUGAAAAAAAUCCUAAGCCUAGGAAAAAGUUAAAUAUUUUACAAAAAAAAGUUACUCCAAAACCUACUUCAAUAAGUCAGGACAAUAAUAACCUUAAAGAAAACAAUAAAAGGAAACAUGUCUUUCAAGGAGGAAGCAAUAAAAAACCAAAAAUUAAUGAAAGGGUCAUAACUGAAGAAGUUCAACCAAAACAGGGUAACAAUUUGAAGUUACUAAGUGCUACAAAUUCAACACCUCAGAUACAAAACUAUGAAGAGUUUGAGAAACAUAUAACCGGGUCUAAUACCACUUUAGAGCUUUUACUUCAUAAAGAUUUUGAUUCCUUAAGGGAUAGCGUUUGUGAUAAAACAUUACAAGCUAUAUCAGAGAAAGGAUUUAAAACCCUUACUGAUAUUCAGCUGAAAACUAUACCACAUUUGCUUGAAGGUAAGGAUUUGGUAGGAUAUGCUAAAACUGGUUCAGGAAAAACAUUAGCUUUUUUGAUACCUGCAAUCGAACUAAUAUCUAAAUCAAAUUUGGAUGCUAAAAAUGGCACACAAGUUAUUAUAAUAACACCAACAAGAGAGUUAGCUAUGCAGACUUAUGGUGUUUUAAGGGACUUGACUACAUAUCAUAGCUGUACCCAUGGAGUGAUAAUGGGUGGUACCAACAGGAGAACAGAAGCUAAAAAAUUGUUAGAUGGUGUCAAUUUUUUAGUAGCCACUCCUGGAAGGUUACUUGAUCAUUUACAAAAUACCUCUGGCUUUAUUUAUAAUAAUUUGCAAUGUUUAAUUAUUGAUGAGGUAGAUAGGAUAUUAGAAAUUGGAUUUGAAGCCGAAAUGACUCAAAUCUUAAAUAUUUUACCUAAGAAACGACAGACAAUGCUUUUCAGUGCUACUCAAACAGAAAAAAGUGAAAUGUUGGCAAAAUUAGCUUUAAAAAAAGAUCCCCUGUGUGUACAUGCCAAUGAAACAACUGAUGAAUCCACUGUAGCAGGUUUACAGCAGGGAUAUGUUGUGUGUCCCACUGAACACCGACUCUUAUUUUUAUAUUCGUUCUUAAAAAAGAACAAAAAUAAAAAAGUUAUGGUGUUUUUUAGUACUUGUAACUCUGUGGAGUACCAUUAUAAAUUACUCAACUAUAUUGACAUGUCUUGUUUAAGGAUUCAUGGUAGACAAAAACAAACAAAGAGAACAAAAACUUUUUUCCAGUUUUGUAACUCUUCAUCUGGAAUAUUAUUAUGUACAGAUGUAGCAGCUAGAGGUUUAGAUAUUCCUGUAGUUGAUUGGAUUGUACAGUAUGAUCCCUCUGAUGACCCUAAAGAAUAUAUCCACAGGGUUGGACGUACAGCUAGAGCUGGUACUACUGGAAAUGGUUUAUUAGUUUUAAUGGUACAAGAACUGGGUUACUUAUGGUACUUAAAGCAGGCUAAAAUUCCAUUAAAUGAGUACAAAGUUCAGUGGGAAAAAGUCUCAGGCAUACAAUCACAACUGGAAUAUCUAGUAGAGAAUCAUACCGAGUUGAAUAAAUUGGGAAGAGAAGCAUACAGAUCGUAUUUAACAGCAUACGAUGCCCACAAAUCCAGGGUAGCCUUUGAUGUAACAAAGCUAGAUUUAGCUAAAGUUGGUUUAUCCUUUGGUUUUAAAAGUACACCUCAAAUUGAAUUAAAUAUCUCUGGGAUGAAAGGUAAAAAGUCAAAAUCGAAGAAAAAACGCAAAGAUGGGCAAAACGGUUUUGGAUUUUACAAAAAUCAUAAUACUGAAGCAAGGAAAAAGGCUAUUCAGAGGAAAAGGGAUUUUAGCAUAUGAUUUUUUAUUAAUUAAAUACAGUGUAACAUUCAAAUGUAUAUAUUUUUUAUUAUUGAAUAAUAAAUAGUUUUUUAAUUUAACUAGC